UUCCCUGCUGCUUCGCGUAUACAUAGUUAGGGGUUUGGGCUCGGCUGUUUUUAAAAAGGCAAGGCAGCUCUCAAGUUGAUCAGUCUGCUCAGGAAAACCUCUGGUGGUGGAGAAAGUAUUGGGAGUCCAAAGCUGAAGCGGGAGAGAAGUUGAGAUUUCCUGCAAAGAAAAUUGUUUUGCUCCUGCAGAGGACCACAUAUAUCUCGUUUGGGGGGGGGAAAGAAGCUGCACACAUAUUUAAAAUUUGCUCAUUUUUUGUUUUUUUUUGCACGGUGCACAGAUCAUUAUUUUUUUUAAUUUUUUUUAUUUUUCUUUUAUAGAUAGCAACACUCCUGGAUAAAGACUCCUGGCUUUAGCUUUAAAAAUCGGAUUAUCUGACUUGAGGCAUUGUGUUCAUUAGACCAGUCUACUUUUUUUUUUUCCCACCCACCCCCCCUCCUCCUCUUCGCAUUUCAGCUUUAUGCUAUAACUGCAGAGAACACCAACAAUGAUUCUGAGUUUUUGCCUCCUGGUGACAUUUAUCUUGGGGCUGUCCGGCUGCUUGGGCUCGUACGUGCCGUGCGAGCCCUGUGACCAGAAGGCGCUGUCCAUGUGCCCCCCGGUGCCGAUCGGCUGCCAGCUGGUCAAGGAGCCCGGCUGCGGCUGCUGCCUAACGUGCGCCCUGUCCGAGGGGCAGGCGUGCGGCGUGUACACCGGGACGUGCACCCAGGGCCUCCGCUGCCUGCCGAGGAGCGGGGAGGAGAAGCCCCUGCACGCCCUGCUCCACGGCAGGGGAGUGUGCACCAACGAGAAAGGAUACAAACCCGGUCACCCGCCCAUAGAUCGCGAGUCCCGGGAGCACGACGACACCAUGACCACAGACAUUACAGAGGAGUUCCAGCCCGCGAAAGUGCUGCUCCAUCCUAAAGACAUUGUGAACAGUAAAAAAGUCCACGCGAUGCGCAAGGAGCAGAAGAGGAAGCAGGGCAAGCAGCGCUCCAUGGGCUCCCCCAUGGACUACUCCCCUCUGCCCAUCGACAAGCAUGAGCCGGAAUUUGGUCCAUGCAGAAGAAAACUGGAUGGGAUCAUUCAGGGGAUGAAGGACACUUCUCGUGUCAUGGCUCUGUCCUUGUACCUCCCCAACUGUGACAGAAAAGGAUUCUUCAAGCGCAAGCAGUGCAAACCAUCUCGCGGCCGCAAACGAGGCAUCUGCUGGUGCGUGGACAAGUACGGCGUCCAGCUCCCGGGCACAGACUACAGCGGCGGGGACAUUCAGUGUAAAGACCUGGAGAGCAGCAACAACAACGAGUGAAAAAAAGGAGAGGACCAACCCACGACCCCCUUUAUCCCCCCUUGUCCCCCUAAACCACCACGUGACCCAGGGUCCACGCCUCCUCUCUGAAUCACACCUGUAUGCUCCGCCCUCCGUUCACCUCAAGAUUUUUGUUUUUUCAAAUUGGAGAAAAAAGAGGAAGAAGAUCCAAACGAAAGAACAGGCUGAAAAAAGGACACCUGUAUUUUUUUUUUCUCGUUUUCUUUUCUGUUGUUGACCAAGCACUCAUCUUCGAAAUGAGGGGGAAAAGUCCCAGGAGAUUGAAAUAGAUCCCUUGACUAUUGCAAGCGGGACCCCCUUGAGCCGGGGCGACUCCCUGACUGCAGAUCCAUGAAAAUAUAUGCACACAAUGGAUAUAUUUUUAUAGAAGCUGGGGGUUUCAGUACAACACUUUGUUAUGAUGUAAAAAAAAAAAAUUAACACAAAAAAUCCUAUUGAAGAUAGACAAAGCAUCAGGCACAUUGAUUGAAAACAGAUCACGACACGAUGCUUCCCGUGGAACUGACAAAUUGGCCGUUGAGAAACAAGCGAUAGGGAUUUGCUGUAACAGUUGACUCUAUCUGGGUUUGUGGUUCUGUCAGAGCACUUAUGAAUAGGGGAACCUGCUUAGAUGUGUGUGUGUUAGAUAACUUCACAAAAACGAUGCAUGCAUGAAUGUGUGUAUGUGUGUAUACAGUGCGAGUGCGUGGCGUGUAUCGGCCUAUAUGUUGGCGUAUGACGGAGUGAGCCUAUUACAAAAAAAAAACAAAAAAAAAAGGGAAUGUCCUAAUUUCUCUCUCUCUCUCUCGCUCUCUCUUUCGUUUUGUCACGAGUAUCGGUAGCGCUUGAAGUGGUCUUGGGGGCUGGCCUUCUCUUUAUUGUAAAAGUAUGUCUCGGGACACGGAGGCGUUCACUGAACAAAACGAGUGCGCGGAUCGUCACGGGAUGAACCUAUGUAAGUGGCUCUUCGACAAUGUAGCUAGCCUGAUAUGCCAACUGUGCCUAUUAGAACAGACAAUGCCAUGCAGGGCGACACAGAGCUCAGAGAGCGCUGACUCUGCUGGUGAAAUCAAGAUUUUUUUCAGCCGAGGCGACGACGGGGACUCAAGUUUGACUUUCGAUUCCUCUUUGGGGAAGUUCAGUGCGCAAAAAAAAUCAAACUUGCCAGUCAGGCCGGUUGCUUCUCUGACCCAGUUGUGUGAAGUGUAGUUUUGUAUGGUUUUUGUUUGUGCUGUUUUCUUUGCCUUCAGUGAAGUAAAGACCGCCCACUUUUGAGCCAUGUUCCUUUAUCAAGUGGUUUCCCCCCCAGUACUGCUACUACAGUGUAACCAUGGUGUAUUACGUUACCUUUAAAUAUAGUUAUUGAAUGUUGUUUUGUUUUUUUCCUGUAGAAACAAAGUAUGACAACGAUGUAAUUGUGCUUGGAAAAAAAAACAAAACAGAUUUUUAGCCUGUAAAGAAUUUGAAUAGGACCUUGUAGCCUGUCAGGAGAGUGGCCCAGAGUCAUUCGACGACAGGACAGUCAAAGAAGCUAACCCUCUGGAACCCUUCUGCUCACAUGCCUCCAGGAAACAGGUCGUCCACCUUCGUCCGAGGAGGAGCAUGAGGAAAACAAACAAAAAAAACGUUACAGGUUAUUACAGGGUCAUUUAAGUAGAGUUGUUCUCUCUCUGUGUGCAAAUCACAGUGCCUUCCUACAUGCAAAUACAUUAAAUAGUGACGUGAAAGUGACAUGGAUACGACACGGGGCAAUUCAGUUCGUCAGACUGCCCCCCGCCAGGGCUGAUACUUGACACGACGAUAAAGAGGUCGAGGGUUAGUUCUGCUUAAGAGAACAACAAAUGAAUGUGGUGGGUCUUUGUAAAUGGUGUCAGCGACGCAUUGCAAAUCCGUGUGUGAUCUCUGCCUGUACCUCGGGGCAACUCUGGACAAGAACGACGUGUGAGGAACCGCCGCGUACCCCCCCCCCCCCUCUUUCUUUGACAACCAAUAAGCUAGGAUUCUCGCGUUUUUUCAUGUGAAUGCCAAUGUAUAUGAUUGCCAGAGAGGGGAAGCCUGUUCGGAGGGCAGAUCAACCAUUUCCUUUGCUGCAACAAAAGGGAAAAAAACGAUAUGUGCAUCCUAAAUGGCAUCCGGUUGUGAAUACAUUGUCAAGGUUCCUCGCCCCUCUUCCAACACCAAAUCCCCACUACCACUUUCGAAAAAAAAAAAAAAGCAGCUUGCACUUAUUUCAGUUACUCACUAUUGAUAUUGACACACAACUAAGAUGUGGUAUAAUGAAGUUAGUGGAACAAAUUAAAAAAAAAAUGAAAAAAAUAUACAGCCACAAAAGCUAAAUGUUGUGUUAUCUUGUGCUGACCUUGUAAAGGUGGUGCUUUGAGGUAAUAUUUGUUGACAGGGGCUGUGCAGCCCAUGCCUGGGACCUCCAAUACACAAGCAUCAUUUUAGGGAAACUUAGAUUAAAAGUAACAUGCAGCUAGAGAUGUUCUCGUGGCGCCUUGAGACGAGAGAGGAGAGACGAGAGGAGAGGAGGAGGAGCGAGCGCCAUGGGCGGUGGUCAUGAUCAGGGCAUUGCCACUUCUCCGACACGGGGUCACCGACUGCAUGAUAUUAGAUACAGCUAGCAAGACGGUUAUCAGGUCUCAGAGGCACUGAAAUCUGGGGAACACAAUACUGCAACCAGGAGUAGAAUGAUCAAGUACCCUCUUUGACUGGGAUACUCUCAGGUUUUAAAACAAUGACAUAUCUGAUAUCUGGGAUCAUUCGAUGUCCGGAUCAGUCAAGGGUGUGAAUACUUCAAUGUUCCAAAUGAAUUCUUCAUUGUGUCAGCACCUCCUGUUCCCCCCCCCCACACACACACUCACACACCUGCUUGCGAGUAGUGACUUCCUCAGUUUUCUUGUCUCCUACUUGGUUUGAACUCAUAUUCACAUUUCAUACUUCAGUAGUACAGUAAUGACAGAACAGCUUUUUUCUGAAUACAUAACACUUUUAUGGAUGUAACGAGUCAACACAAUUGGUUUUCAUAAUUUGGUGUUCACUGGCUUGUGACAUAGACCCAUCGGUGGCAGGAGGAUAGUGGGAAAUAAAAUGGUCAGUAUUUGGAAACUACAUAAGGCAAAUAAAAAAUAAAGACAAAAAAUCUCAAAUUAUUAAGUGAAUAUCACUGUGUAAUAUUUAUUCAACUUGUAAUUUAUGUACUCUUUUAACCUUUGUCUUUUUUGUUAUGACAAAGCAUUUAUUUAAAUAAAGUUAUGUAUUCAUUUAAA